AUGGCUAAAAACAUUCCCGAAAAGAUGCUAGCGGCCCAGGUGGUCGAGUUCAAAAAACCCUACGAGAUCCACGAAGUCCCGGUCCCCGGAAAGGAGCUCAAUGAAAACGACAUGCUCGUUAAGGUCGCCGUUGCUUCUCUCUGCCAUACAGACGGUAUGGUAACAGACGGCAUAAUGGGCUCCGGCACCGUCGUCAAAGUCGGUUCCUCUAUCACCGAAUUCAGAGUCGGCGACCGAGUCCUCUGUUCUCUAACCUAUCACCGCUGCCGGAAAUGCACAACGUGCCAACGUGAAGAGCGUGACACGCAAUACUGCCCAAACGUUGGCGGCUAUCUAGGCGUAACACGCGAUGGCUCCUUCGCUGAGUACGAAAUCGUCGAUGGGAGGGAAUGUUGCAAAUUGCCUAAGAACCUGUCAUUCCAAUCCGCUGCUCCUCUAGCCUGCGCAGGCGUCACGGUAUGGGGAGGUCUGAUUCGCGCUGGCUUGCAAAAAGGGGAGAUCGUUGCGAUCAUUGGGGCUGGAGGCGGACUUGGGCAUCUUGGCAUACAGUUCGCAAAGGCUUUGGGGCUGAAUGUUGUCGCUGUUGAUGCCAGGGAUGAAGGGUUGACGCUGGCUAAAGAGUGUGGUGCUGAUUUUGUUGUGGAUGCAAGAGGUGGCAAGGAGAAGGUUGUGGAGGAGGUGAAGACUGUUACGGGGGGACGGCUGGCCGAUGCGACGGUGAACGUUAGCGAGCAUGAGACGGCGGCACCGACAGGUGCUGCGGUGACGAAGAUGCAUGGUGUGCUUGUGCAGAUCGCUCAGCCGACGAACGUUUCUGUCCCAUUCGAAGAAUUGGUAUUCAGGGACAUCAGAAUUCAUGGCUCGCUAACCAGUUCGAGGGAAGAAUGCAAAAAAAUGCUGGAAGUCGUAUCCAAACACAACAUCAAGGUCAAGACCAAUCUUUUCAACGGCAUCAAGGAGAUUCCAAACGCCGUCGAACUUGUCCGCUCAGGCAAGAUGCAAGGCAAGCCGGUUAUCUUGAUUGAUAAUGAGGCGAUUCAAAUGGAGAAGAAAUCGGGUUUGAACAUGGUCUGA